AUGAACAACUCUAACUGUCAAUUCGGUGCUCGUAAUUCAGUAUUAAAUCAACCUUAUCGCUUCGGUUAUCGUUAUGGCGAUAAUUAUGAAAAUAGUUACAACCAUCGUUCUUCAAAUAAUUCUUAUCCAAGUCCUAAUCCUUCUGAUACGGAUAAUAUGAAACCAUUUCAUAAUUCUAAUGUAAAACAACCUGAUCCAAACAUUAUUAAACAGGUUAUCGAUGAACUUGAUCCUAUUACUCUUGCAAAAAUCCAACAACAAAUAUCUCUUCGGAUCGAAGACCUUAUACGUCCUGCUCGUAAAGUACGUAAAUCUGGUGUUCCUCGUCCACAAAAUUUAUUUGUCAUCUUUCGUAAAGACUAUCAAGCAAGAUUGAUAAAGAAAGGUCAUGAUGUUGGUGCUCUUUUAUCCCUUGUUUCAAAAGAAGCUUCUGAACAAUGGAAAAUUGUUGAUCAAUCCAUCAAAGACAUUUAUGACGUAAUUGCUAAUAUGGCAAGAAAA